AAAAUCAACAAAAACAGCAUUAAACUGUAACUGAAGAAAAUAAAACAAUCUUUGAAAGAUAAUACUAAUAACGUUAAUUGGUUCUAAUUAGUCACAACAAAAGUAAAAGAUAAAUUUAUUAGACCUCCUUUACAGCUUUACUGAAACUCCAAAAGAUGGCGUACUUAUAUGGGGAAAUAAGUUAUUCAUAUCCUCAUUGGUUCACUUUGAUAGACUUCAUUGUGACGUUAUGGUCGGCUGUGGAGGCAAUUACUUCUUAAAUAUCACUAGAGGCAAAGCUGAAAUAUUUGUCUAUUGAGCAGUUAAUAUGACGUCAGUUUUCAAAAGUUGCCGUCACAUGUCAACAAAAGUUUAAAUGCCCGUCUUCUAUGAUAAUUUAAGAUAUGAUAAAGGAAGUUUAGGAGCAGUCGGCAUAACUUUGUAAUUUACGUAUCACUUUUGUUGAACUUUUAAAAAAAACUGAAAGCUCUAUUUUGUUGAGUUCCUUUUGAAUAACAAGAUCCUAUGGCUGCUCUACUUCGAGGUGUAUUUAUUAUUGGUGCUAAAAGAACCCCAUUUGGAACAUUUGGGGGUAAACUUAGAGAUCUUACUGCCACUCGUUUAGGUGCUAUUGCUAGUAGAGCUGCAUUAGAGAAUGCAGGUAUAAAGCCUGAUGAGGUUAACUCUGUUACCUUUGGAACUGUUCUUCAGGCUAGCUCUAGGGAUGGUCCAUAUAUUUCUAGACAUGUUGCUCUAAGUGCUGGAGUUCCCGAAUCUGUUCCUUGCCUUACAGUUAAUCGACUUUGUGGUUCAGGAUUCCAGUCAAUCAUCACAGGUUCUCAAGAAAUAUGUCUACGGGAAGCAGAAGUUGUUUUAGCUGGUGGGGCAGAAAACAUGAGCCAAGCUCCUUAUGCUGUGAGAGAUAUCAGAUUUGGGACUAAAUUUGGUACUGACUAUAAGCUUGAAGAUACACUAUGGAGUUCUGUUUAUGACACUUAUGUUGAUAUGCCAAUGGCUAUUACUGCUGAAAACUUAGCUACAAAGUAUAAAAUUUCAAGAGAGGAAUGUGAUAAAUUUGCACUUCUCUCACAAAACAGAUGGAAACAAGCUCAAGACAAUAACCGCUUCAGUGAGGAAUUAGUUUCAGUUGCAGUAGUAGUAAAAGGUAAAGAUUCUCUCUUGGAAGUUGAUGAACAUCCUAGACCACAGACAACAAUGGAAGGCCUUGCUAAGUUAAAACCAGUCUUCAAAAAAGGGGGAGUUGUUACAGCUGGCAAUGCAUCAGGAAUCUGUGAUGGUGCUGCAGCUGUUGUUUUGGCCAGUGAAGAAUACAUUAAAGCUAAGUCACUUAAACCAUUGGCCAGAAUAGUUGGAUAUAGUUAUGUUGGUGUUGAUCCCACUAUCAUGGGAAUUGGUCCAGCUGAUGCUAUUAGAAAGUUGUGUGAUAAUACUGGCAUCAAAAUUCAAGAUGUUGAUAUUAUUGAUAUUAACGAGGCAUUUGCUUCUCAGUUCCUAGCUGUUCAAAAAGAAUUAAACUUAGAUCCUGCUAAAACUAAUGUUAAUGGAGGUGCAAUAGCCUUAGGACAUCCUGUUGGUGCAUCUGGUUCCAGAAUUACAGCUAAUUUGGUUUAUGAGUUAAGAGCUAGAAAAGCAAAAUAUGCUAUAGGAUCUGCGUGUAUUGGUGGAGGUCAAGGAAUUGCUAUCAUGUUAGAAAAUAUCAACUAAUUUGUUAAAAAAUCAAAGAUGAACAAGUGCCUUGCUAUUACAUAAGUUUCCAAAGAUGCAGCUUGUGCCAACAUGGAGAAUAGUUUUCAUACUAAUAUAUCAUUUAACACAAAGUCAAAUCUUAAAAGAAAACUAUAAUUUUAUAUUCCUUAUGUUUGUUCUUUCAAGAUGUAGCAAGUUUCAUGAAUGUUUUAUUUCAACAAAGCUCAAAAUAUGAGAUUAUGAUCACUUCUAAAAGUAUUUUCGUUUGUAAUAAAUAUGAAGAGAAUUUAUUGAUAAACUUUUUUACAUUUAUAUCACAUUUUUAUAUUUCCAUUUACAAAAAAAAAAAUAUUUUUGUUAAUUUUCUUCUGUAACUUAUCUCACUCCAUUUGUAUAAAAUCUGCACAAUAAAUUGUUUUAAUAUUGA